GUGGAUUCCAUAAUAACGCCCCAAUCAGAUGUUUAUGUUUUUUCGCUUCCGCCUUCAGUGUUCUCGCCGUGUCAUGUGGAUGUCAAAAACUCAAAGUAACUGACAGGCUUUGGGGUUUGAGCUCUGUAGUACCGGGGGUCUCAGGAUUUCCCCCGCCGCAGCACGCACGCUCUUCUUGAGGGUGUUUAUCCGAAAAGGAUCCGUAGGGAGCGAUGGCGGACGGGGAACGGUCGCCGCUGCUGUCCGACCAGUACGACGGCACUAACGGCAGCUUACAUGGAUAUCUGUCAAAACCACAGAGUUUUGCGCCGUUCCCCAGCGCGGUGGCAACAGGUGAGCCUCCGCCCCCCUACUCGCCGCAGGGCAGCCCGGACAGCAGCAGCGUUCCGGUCAUCAGCUGCCGCGUCUGUCAGAGCGCCAUAUCUGUGGAGGGCAAGGCGCACCAGCACGUGGUGAAGUGCAGCAUCUGCAACGAAGCUACGCCGAUAAAGAACGCUCCUGUUGGAAAGAAGUACGUCCGCUGUCCAUGUAACUGUCUCCUGAUCUGCAAAGUCACAUCGCAGAGGAUCGCCUGUCCCAGACCGUACUGUAAACGCGUCAUCAACCUUGGACCAGUUCACAUCGGCAGGGAGAGUCCUGAACCGCAGCGUCAGCCCGUUGGCAUCCGGAUCAUCUGUGGACACUGCUCCAAUACAUUCCUGUGGACAGAGUUUUCAGACCGGACCUUGGCGCGAUGUCCGCACUGCCGAAAAGUCUCUUCUAUUGGUCGGCGGUACCCCAGGAGGAGGAGCCUACUGUGCUUCCUGCUGUUCGUCAUCCUCGUGGCCUCCACUGCAGGACUUGUGGUCGGUACAUGGAGGCGAGCCCAGGACUCUAAAGGGAUCUACGUUUCGUGGGUCCUGCUGAUCCUGCUCGCUCUCUUCACAAUGGCAAGAACCGUCUACUGGAGGUGUCUGAAAAUCAGCGACCCCAUAUCCAAUCUCGCGUAGAGAGGAGAGAGGGAGAGAGAGAGGGAGAGAGAGGGAGGGAGAGAGAGAGAGAGAAGAGAAGAGGGGGGCGGGCGGAGGACGAAGGAAGGUGAGAGGGCAAGUGGAAAAGGGAAGAGUGGAAAGAGUAAAGUAGGGGAGUCUCAUUUCUAAAAUCACAGAGCAAAAGAGAGGAAGGAAACAAAAGAUAAGAGACAACAAGAGAAGAAGAAAAAAAAAAUAAUUGCAUUCAAGAAGAAAAAAAAUCUCACUCUACAUUCAUGUCAGAUUGGAUUUACCCCAAAGAUGAGCUGUCAAUAGUAAAAAAAAAAAAAAUGUCAUUACGGGAUGAAGAUUUUUUUUUUUCUAUUCCGGGAUGGUGGGAGACUAAAAGAGGGAAGUUCCCGAUAAAGAUGACAUGAGAGAAGUGGGUUGAACCAUUAGAAACAUAAGAUUCAGCUAAAUCAAAUUAUCAGUGGAACUGAGAUUUGAAUGGACAGAUCGAAGGAGGACGGCAGUGAAGGGGGUGUUUUAGUUAAGUUAUAUAACCAUAUCAAUCAAUAAUUAAUCCUAAUCUAACGAAGCACAUCGGAGUGAGGGAUUAGGAGGUGUGUACUUUUGUUAUCUUUUUGCUAUUCUCUCAACUAGAAAAGAACUAGACCAUUAAAUAAAUGACGCUCCCCUUUUUAGUAGAAUAUUUGGACGUUUUGGGGACACAUAUUUUUCUUUCUUGACAACUGUUGGAUUGAGAAAGCUCAGAGAAGGUAGAUGGCACUCUGACAUCUGUACGCUUAGCUUAGCAUAAAACCUGGAGACGGCAAACUAAUUAAAAGAAGAUAUCUCAUUUGUUUGACACUGAAGUGUGAGAAGACUUUUACGUGGUGUUAUGCGUGGGAUUAUUUCUCGCCCAAGAGUUUUUUUUCAUAAACCUUUUUUUUUUUUAAAGCUAAGCUAGCAGUUUCCAGUCUUUAUGCUAAGCUAUGCCAACCAGUUUAUGGCUGUCGCUUCAUAUUUAAUACACAGACAUGAGACAUAUCGUUAUUCUCAUCCGACUCUCGGCAAAAGAGAGCGAAUUAGUGUAUUUUGCAAAACGUUGAAUUAGUCUUUUCAACUGAAGUCCCAGUGCACAUAUCAUAUAACUACAAUUUAUCCGAGGAAGCAUGUUUGCAUUUUGUUUUGGGGCAUUGAUAACAACAAGAUAACAUGCGUAACACGAUGAGGGAGAUGUAAUUAAUAGAGGAUGUAUAUGGGGAAAUGUAUAAAUCAAGAAGCAGCCGUGAAAUCAGAGCAAGCGGCAUUCAUUUUCUUUUAAGUUCUAGUAAGCAUGUCAGCGUUAAGAUCAUCUCACACAGGGAUUUUGGGGCAUUUGAUUAAAUUCCCUGUGGUUUUGUUUUGAAAACGAUUCAUGUCAAAGAGACGUGCACAGUGAUAACGUGUCCUGAGCUGAUUCUCUAAACUGGACUGGUAAUAGGUGAAAAUAUUAUAUAACAUGUAAGAUUCAGAAGUAAAGUGGUCAUAUUCUGCUGAAAAGCUUCUUUUUUGUUCAACUAAAGCUAGGAAAGUGCAGUUUUACCCUGGUUGAGUCACUGAUAGAAAAAACGAUUUAUUUAUUUAUCUUCUCUCGUUAAUUCCCGUCUGGGUUGAAGCCCUGAGAAAACAAAUUGUGCUGAUCUAUUUUCUAAGUCUGAAGUGUAAAUUGUUGUCUCUCCUGUGUUUAUGACUUACAACCCGGCAAAAUAUUAUUAUUUUUUUCCCAGUACAAUUUUUCCUUAAAAGAUUUUAAACUAAAUAAACAUUUUUUCCAAGUAUUACCCUGUGUUCUUAAUAGGACUAAAAGCAUUUAAUAUAAUUUUCUCCAAGCACUCUAAAUGCAAGGUACAUAUAUUGUGUGUUAUCAGGUUAUGUAACAUUAAAUACAUGUCUUUCAUAUGGCUAGAACAUAUGUUAAUUGUCGCUAAUCUGCCGUUUUUGUGAUAUAUAUAUAUAGCCUAUAUAUA